AUGUAUUGGCUCCCAUAUGCGGUUUUGGUGCUUCUUACCAUUCUUGCUCUCUGCUCUGCUGAUCGAUCUCCUUCUGAAGAAUCUGAUGCCGAAAGCUCCACGGAAAUUCCAUUAUCUUCCAUAUUUUCUGUUGGCAAAAAGCUUUGCAAGCCCCGUUUUUCGGAAAUCUCAACUCUUUAUCUUGGUAUUGAUGCUCAGGAUAACCGUAACGAGUUUGAUGAAUUUUUGGAACUCGACUUUCCACCCAGGCAGUGUCAAAACGUAAAAAGUUUGGUAAUCAGCAAGUACACGGUCAUAGUGUUGGAUACGCGACCUAGUUCUGCCGCGCUUCUAGGAUCUCUGUUUUAUGGCAAAUUACAUCAAAACAAGAUGAGGACAAAUAGCCGACAUUUUGUCAUAGGAAACAGAAGUGAGGCUAGUAGGUCUAGACGACCAUUUGACAUCGCGUUCACUCAUAGCAAGGGGAACGCCUUGGUCAAUUGCAUUAGCAAAGAAGCCUUCGCAAUGGAAGACUUCCAGCCCGGGAGAGUAAUGGAGCAAAACCGCGCUCUGAGAAUUGCUCACGUUGCUGAUUACCCAGUCGUGUUUGUGCUCGUGGAAAACCCACCUGCUAGUGCUAGAGAGGACUAUUUAAGAAUGCAGAACUUGCAAAAGACGCAUCCUAUGCGAAGACUGUAG